UUCAGUUUAGAGCACUGAAGAAGGUGAGAAUCUUUGACUCACCUGAGGAGUUGCCCAAGGAACGCUCGAGUCUGCUUGCUGUGUCCAACAAGUAUGGCCUGGUCUUUGCUGGUGGAGCCAGUGGGUUGCAGAUUUUUCCUACCAAAAAUCUUCUGAUUCAAAAUAAACCUGGUGAUGAUCCCAAUAAGAUAGUUGAUAAAGUUCAAAGCUUGCUGGUUCCUAUGAAAUUCCCGAUACAUCACCUGGCCCUGAGCUGUGAUAACCUCACACUCUCCGUGUGCAUGAUGUCCAGUGAAUAUGGUUCCAUUAUUGCUUUUUUUGAUGUUCGCACAUUUUCAAAUGAGGCUAAACAGCAAAAACGCCCAUUUGCCUAUCAUAAGCUUUUGAAAGAUGCAGGAGGCAUGGUGAUCGAUAUGAAGUGGAACCCCACUGUUCCCUCCAUGAUGGCAGUUUGCCUGGCUGAUGGCAGCAUUGCUGUCCUACAAAUCACAGAAACAGUGAAAGUGUGUGCGACUCUCCCUUCCACAGUGGCAGUAACAUCUGUGUGCUGGAGCCCCAAAGGAAAGCAGCUGGCAGUGGGGAAGCAGAAUGGAACUGUGGUCCAGUAUCUUCCCACUUUGCAGGAAAAAAAAGUUAUUCCUUGUCCGCCGUUCUAUGAGUCAGAUCAUCCUGUCAGAGUUCUGGAUGUGCUGUGGAUUGGUACUUACGUCUUCACAAUCGUAUAUGCUGCUGCAGAUGGGACCUUGGAAACUUCUCCAGAUGUGGUGAUGGCUCUCCUCCCGAAGAAAGAAGAAAAGCACCCAGAGAUCUUUGUGAACUUUAUGGAGCCCUGCUAUGGCAGCUGCACAGAGAGGCAGCACCAUUACUACCUCAGUUACAUCGAAGAAUGGGAUUUAGUGCUGGCAGCAUCUGCGGCUUCGACAGAAGUCAGUAUCCUUGCUCGACAGACAGAUCAGAUUAAUUGGGAAUCUUGGCUUCUGGAGGAUUCUAGUCGAGCUGAAUUGCCUGUGACCGACAAGAGUGACGAUUCGCUGCCCGUGGGCGUUGCCAUCGACUAUACUAACCAAGUGGAAAUCACCAUCAAUGAUGAGAAGACUCUUCCUCCCACUCCAGUUCUUAUGUUACUUUCAACAGAUGGUGUGCUUUGUCCAUUUUAUAUGAUCAAUCAAAAUCCUGGGGUUAGGUCCCUCAUCAAGACGCCGGAGCGGCUGUCAUUAGAAGGAGAGCGACAACCCAAGUCAUCAGGGAGUACUCCCACUACCCCAACCUCCUCUCAAGCCCCACAGAAGCUCGACACACCAGCCCCUGCGGCACCCGUCCCUGGUCCACCUUCGUCGCUGGCUGCUCCUCCCUCCACCUUCUCUUUGCCUUCUGCUGUUGGAGCUCCUGCACUGUUCUCCUUCGGUUCUUCCUCCUUGAAGUCAUCUGCUUCUGUCCCAGGCGAGCCCCCUCCAUAUGCCAGUGGCUCGGGCGCAUCCACCUUCUCUUUUGCUCCUCCUCCUCAAGCCUCCCUAGCUCCCACCCCUGUAGCCUCUCCCAUGACGCCGUCCGCUGCCUCGUUCUCCUUUGGAUCCUCGGGUUUUAAGCCUGCCCUGGAAAGCACACCGAUGCCGAGCGUGUCUGCUCCAAACAUAGGACUGAAGCCCGCCUUCCCACCCUCAGCCUCCUCAGUCAAGGUCAACCUUAGCGAGAAGUUCACUGCCGUGGCUCCCUCCACUCCUGCCAUCAGCUCCCAGGGUGCGCCUGUGACACUGCCGUUCCCCUCUGCCUCCAAGCCGGCUGCUUCUGGACCCCUCGGCCACCCCACGCCGCUCUCAGCACCACCUGGCUCUGUGUCUUCGAAGUCCUCAGUCUCUCCCUCAGCAUCAGCAGGGCGGUCUACUCAGGGCAGCCCAGGCCCCGUGCCCUCAAUGGUACAGAAGUCACCCAGGAUAACCCCUCCAGUGGCAAAAUCAGGCUCUCCCCAGGCGAAACCACUUCAGCCUCCUGUUACAGAAAAGCAGGGACAUCAGUGGAAAGAGUCAGAUCCUGUGAUGGCUGGAAUCGGGGAGGAGAUUGCGCACUUUCAGAAGGAGUUGGGAGAGCUGAAAGCCCGGACUUCCAAAGCCUGUUUCCAAGUGGGCACUCCGGAGGAGAUGAAGAUGCUGCGAACGGAAUCCGACGACCUGCACACCUUUCUUUUGGAGAUUAAAGAGACCACGGAGUCUCUUCAUGGAGAUAUCAGUACCCUGAAAACAACUUUACUUGAGGGCUUUGCUGGUGUGGAAGAAGCCAGGGAACAAAACGAGAGGGACUGCGACUCUGGGUAUCUGCACUUGCUCUAUAAGAGACCCCUGGACCCCAAGAGCGAAGCCCAGCUCCAGGAAAUUGUUGGUUUCCUGUGA